CCCUAACAUUCCCACGCGAAGUUUCAUUUCGAGAUGUGGGGCUUCAUCAAUGCUACCGCUAUCGUGCGAAUUCAACCGUGGAGUUAAUAAACCUCGAACACGGCAAUUCGUUAUAGCACUCAACAUUGGCUAAUAUCAAGGUCGCAAUUCUCAAUGAUGCUGAACCUUUCUAACUAUAGGAAGGAACAUAUAUAAAUUCCGAAUCGUGUUUCUCGCUGUUCAUCGCUGUUCGAUCGUUUUGUCUGCCUUCAAGAUGCGCUCUAUUAUUCCCAUCAUCGCCGUCAUCUCUACAGCUGCCGCGCACUGUACGCGUCCGCAGCUCGUAGAAGCUGUUGAUGCAUAUUUGAAGACGCAAACCUCUGGAAAAAUCUCUGAUCUCACGUCUCGAUUUGACAAUUCCACCUGGCUUGGCUACUACGAAAAUGGCAAAAAGGUUGAUCCUAGCAUCGGGAUCUUGAACAAACCCCUUGCCAUUACUCAUAACCGAUCAAUAUACGAUACCACGGCAUGCGCGACAUACAGCGAAGUAAUUGUCAACAGCACGGCUGAUCCUCACGUUAUCGGCACCCAACUUCGCUUCGCCAAUCAUCACAUCAACAAAGUCGAUACCAUCAUCACUAAACCCGGGGAUUGGCUUUUCAAUAUCACAGGAUAUGCCUAUUGGGCCGCUUUCGAAAACUGGUCUGAGAUUCCAGAAGCGCAGCGCGACACCCGUGACACGCUAAAGAAGGCUGCGGAUGCAUAUUGCGAUCUUUUCAACAAUCCGAAUGUGACUGUGCCAUGGGGAACGCCGUGCGUUCGUCUUGAAGGCGGCCUGUACGGAGAUCCAGGACCGAAUGGAACCUGUGCGGUUGGUGUGCCGAGUGGAGUACCAUUGAAAAAUCGUCGCUACGUCAUUGACGAGACAUACGGUGCGGUCGAUGUCAUGUUAGAUUUUGGUAACAGUCAAUGGCCCGAUACGCAUGAGUUUCGAAUUGAGAAGGGAAAAUUGCGAUAUAUGGACAUGCAUUGCAAAUAUAUCCCAUGCUAUAAGACAUUUGCUCAAAUCCUCGAGCCUUAUUUUUUCACAUUUGUUUGA